AGGUAUACAUUAGUGUAUAUAUAUAGAGAGAAAGAGUUUGAUGAAACAUAUAUAUUUUGUAAGCCAAUACAUCAGUAAAAUCUAUAUAUAUAUCUAAGAAUUAUAUUAUAUAGGAUAUAAUACAGUCCUCAGCCAUGAACACCAUUGCACUACUCUCGUUCAGUCUGGCCUUGGCCAUGAUUUUCUUGUCCGGGGCUCAAUCAGCUACAUUCACAAUAAAAAACAACUGUCCAUUCACCAUCUGGCCCGGAACCCUUACCGGCGCAGGGAAGCCUCCACUAUCAUCUACAGGUUUCGAAUUAGCAUCGGGCGCAACACAAUCCAUUGAUGCUCCGGCAGGAUGGUCAGGCAGGUUCUGGGCCCGAUCCGGAUGUACCACCGAUGCCACCGGAAAAUUCACAUGCGAAACAGCCGACUGCGGAUCCGGUAAGGUUUCAUGCAACGGGGCUGGCGGAAUUCCUCCGGCGUCUUUAGUGGAACUCACUCUGGCCGAAAAUGGCGGCCAAGAUUUCUACGACAUAAGUCUUGUUGACGGCUUCAACUUGCCCGUUGGGCUAGUUCCGUCGAGCUCGUGCGCUAGCACGAGCUGUCCUGCGAAUGUGAACAGCGUUUGCCCGCCGGAGCUGACGUUGAAAGGAGCAGAUGGGAGCGUAGUGGGUUGCAAGAGCGCGUGUUUGGCUUUGAACAAACCUGAGUACUGCUGCACCGGAGCAUAUGGGACGCCGGAGACUUGCCCGCCGACAGACUAUUCUAAGAUGUUUAAGACUCAGUGUCCUCAAGCUUAUAGCUAUGCUUAUGAUGAUAAGUCUAGUACUUUUACAUGCAGAGGAGGACCUAAUUAUGAUAUCACUUUCUGUCCAUGAAAUAAUUAUGUUUUACAGUUACAUUUUAUGUAAUUUCGCCUUGAAUAUGAGUAGGCUACUUAAAAUGAAAUUGAUUUUUUUUUAUUAUUAAUUUGAGGUUAUUGAUUAUUCCCUUCCAAUACAUU